UCCGGUGUGCGGACCGGCACUCUAACCAUUGAGCUGCACCAGCCAGGACGAUCACUGUAGUCUGUCCUACGCAUCUGCCGUGGCUGAGUGCUGAGCCCCAAGGAGACAAGUGCAGAAUAGGAGCCUCUCCACAUGAUCGGUAUAAAGAGGUGACUCAUGUACAUGAAAAAGUAUUAUGUUUGUUAAAACGAAUCUCUAACGAGCAGGUGAUAGGCAAGUUUUGCACUGACACGCCCUCCCAGGCCCUCCUUCCUCUUCUCAGUAAAAGUGCAAGUCAGCAUCUUACCGCACACACCAUUGCAAGCUGCCCUUUACCAACCCCGCCAACCCCCCAAAAAAUACCAAACUCAUGAAGAGUCAUCUCCUUGUCUCAAAAAGCCAUCGCUUAGCAAGUCGCUAUUGCUCCUGGGGCACACACUAAAGAUACUAAAAACGGAGGUUCAGGAAGCAUUUCAGAGGCACGAGGACGCUAAACGUCACCGUUUAACAGCACUGACCUUGGUGCCGGACAGACCUGGGCUCCGGGCUCCGCUCUGCCGCCUCGUGUGACCUUGAGGAAAACCACCGAGCCAGGCCCGUCUUCCUUGUCUCUCAGGUGGGAAAAGUCACGCCGAUUCACAGAGUUACCAGUACAUUGCCUCUAUGCUACGGCCACGAGGACUCGGGGGGCAGAGCCGGGCCACGGCACCAUCCGCUCUCACUCCGGGAUUUGGGAUUUAACAGUUGGCAAGGUUACGUAGGCGGUUUGUGGCAUAACUGACGAUGAGAUAAACCCCGGGGUCUCCUCUGGGAAGGUGAGGUCAUAUCAGUGAGGUGUUCCCCCCGGGCGUUCUGGCCCCCGCGGUGUCUGGACCCCAGCAGUCGGGGGAAGGCCUGCAGACAGGGGCAUCUCAGCAUUGGGGGGUGAUAAUCAGUUUACAGGUUUGUUAGUUUUUUUUCUUUUUUUUCAGUUUAUAGGUUUUUGAAGGCAGCAUGGUCACAAAUACAGUUUGCACUUUCACAUGAUGUUCAAAGGCGUUUCCCAAGUUAACACUAACGGCCAUGAGUCGUGGCUGUUCUCACGGCUGCAGGCUCCCGUUCCCACAGCGAGAGCCUUUUCCACCCCCCAGUCCUCACGUCGUGUGGCCGGUGCUGCCGUGUGGGCCCUGGGGCGGCUCAACCACGUGGCCAUCGCCGUGCCGGACCUGGAGAAGGCCCGGGCGUUUUACCGGGACGUGCUGGGGGCCCAGGUCAGCGAGGUGUCCCCUCUCCCCGAGCACGGAGUGUCUGUGGUUUUCGUCGACCUCGGGAACACCAAGCUGGAGCUGCUUCACCCGCUGGGAAAGGACAGUCCGAUCGCGGGGUUUCUGCAGAAGAACAAGGCCGGAGGCAUGCACCACGUCUGCAUCGAGGUGGAUGACAUAAAUGCCGCAGUGAUGGACUUGAAAGAGAAGAAGAUCCGUAGUCUAAGUGACGAGGCCAAGAUAGGGGCCCACGGAAAACCCGUCAUCUUCCUGCACCCCAAGGACUGUGGGGGCGUGCUGGUGGAGCUGGAGCAGGCCUGAUCGUGUAAGAGGCUGCGAGAGUGACCGGGAAGCGCCUCGGGUCCUUGGGCUUUGAAUCCUUCGCUCCUUCGGUCCCUUCAGAGUUAAAACCAAAUUACAGAAUGAGAUUCAAAAA